GAGGAGCCAGAGAGACGCCCCAUCGCUGCGGGAGACAACACGACACAAAGAUGAACCCGAAGCUUAUUUUCUGCUGUGGAUUUCUGCUGCUGCUUCUCCUCAGCCAGGAUCAAGCGAGGGCCAAACCCCUCUCCAGUUUACAGAGCCUGUCCAGACUGUUAGAUGAAGAUCUGGAGCAUCCCCUGGCCUCAGAGGAGAUGGACCAAGAGCGAGAAGACAUGAUCCCAACAGGUGCCUUUGACCAACAGGACCCUGAGCUCCAAUGGGCCCGAAACUCCAGGGACCAGCCCGAGGGGGUCCCCAUCAGCGACAGUACUUUCCAGAGGCUCUUCAGUGAUCUUCUGGGGUCAUCCAGGAGAUACCGAGGCAGGAGCAAAAAGGGCCUGUCCAGGGGUUGUUUUGGUGUCAAGCUGGACAGAAUUGGCUCCCUGAGCGGACUGGGAUGCUAACUGUUCACUAUGGACUAAGAUUUUCAGGACCUAGAGGACCCGUUGCCUUUCAAGGAGAUGUUCAGCUCAAACUGCUCCAGCUCCACUAACUCCCCUGUAGACAUUGUACUGAACGAGUUCCUCCCGGGCCAUCCCCCACUAUACGGGACCACUAAGAAACUGGCCAUUGCUACAUUGUUUGUAUCACAGUAUUAACUUAUCAAAGCAGUUAUCGGUUCCAUUGAUUUGUCUUGGUUAUGUGCCAUGUGUAUGAAACGGUCAUUGUGUCAUGGAUGCUGAAAAUACGCUGGUUUUCAUCAUUUGGUGAAUGUGUUUCAAAUCUCCACUCUGAUUUUCUUCCUAGUUCAUCAUUCCUGAGGACACAGUGUUGCCCUGAUUUACAUUUGGUCAAAUAAAUAUGAACUAUUCAAAUUCA